GCAUCUGCGCCCAGUGGAGAGCUUCCUUUUUCUCCUCCACUUGCUUCCCACUGGCCCGCUUUGCCUACCAGUCUUAAUCCACUGCGAGCAAUUGCCAUGGCCAUUUUCUCCACCGAAUCCAGUCUAUAUAGCCACAAAGAUAGGGCUUGGCAGGAGAACGCUGAACCAGAAGAAACAUUCCUCUCCAUGGACUUCUCUGUGACCAAGCUGACUGAGGGGCUGGUUGCACCGGCGGGGCCGACCCCGGCCGGCACCCUCCCCCUCUCCGUCAUGGACAAAACCCCAGGUUCGGUGGGACUCGUGGACUCCAUACACGUGUUCCGCCACGGUCGACAGCCCGCAAAGAUCAUAAGGGAAGCACUGUCCAGGGCCUUGGUGUUCUACUACCCUGUGGCCGGCCGCUUCGCCAUGUCCGACCAGGACGAGCUCGAGGUCGCUUGCACCGCAGACGGCGUGUACUUCAUCGACGCAUCCGCCAGCUGCAGCCUCGAAGAUGUCAAUUACCUUCAGCUGCCUCUCUCGGUGCCCAAGGAAUCCAUACUCCCGUAUCCAUCCCCUGAUGCAGGGCAGACGGAGGGCAUCGUUAUUCUGUUGAUGCAGGUUACAGAGUUUACAUGUGGGGGUUUCACGGUGGGCAUCAGAUCCAGCCAUGCAAUUUUCGAUGGCAUCGGAGCAGGUCAGUUCUUCCAAGCCAUUGCCGACAUAGCCAGAGGUUGCACAGAACCCCUGGUCAAACCCAUAUGGUGCAGAGACGCCAUCCCCAGCCCGCCUAAGCUGCAACGAGGACCGCCGCCGCCACUACUCACCUUCAAGUUCGUAGACACCAUACUGGACGUCUCCUCAGACCACAUCAACCGGAUCAAGGACGAAUUCAUCAAGAAGACAGGCACGUUCUGCUCCACGUUCGACGUAUUGACAGCCAAGGUUUGGCAGAGCCGAACACGAGCGAUCCAGCUGGAGGAACACUCCACCGUUCGCAUCGGUUUCGCGGCAAACGCUCGUCACUUGCUCUACAAAUCGCUGCUCAAGGAGGAAGGCUACUAUGGGAACUGUGCCUACCCCAUGACCAUCACGGCUCCUCGACAGAAGGUCGCGGAUGGAUCUCUGCUCGAAGUCAUAAGCCUCAUCAAAGAUGCAAAACAGUGUCUACCGAUCAGGUUCUCCAAGUGGAUGAUGGGCGACCCCCAGGAGGAUCCAUUCAAAGAGCCAAUCGACUAUGGAUUCCUGUCCAUAUCAGAUUGGAGUCGAGUUGGGUUCUCAGAGGUAGACUACGGCUGGGGAACGCCGAUCCACUUUUGCCCAGUGAAUGACUACAAUUUCUUUGGUUCGUGCAUCUUUCUCAGGCCACCUGCACCCAAGCAGGGGUUGAGGUUGAUGGCGCGUUGUGUCGUAAAGGAGGAAUCGGCAUCGUUCCGAGAUCAAUUAAUGGAGUUUGCCACCGAAAGAUAGGAUCUGAUCCGAGGACUUCUCUCCAUCUUAUGCUAGUUUUGGAGAAUAAGCGACGAACUCGGUUGCCUUUUAGUAUGUGAAAUGGUUUAGCUGUUUCAUUUGGGAAAUGUUUAUUAGGGUUCUCUGAGUACACUAUC